CCCGGCACGGCGAGGCUAUUGAGUGAGCCCACCCCUCGGCUUACGUCGGUGCCGUGGCGUCGGUUCGGCAGCCCCCCUCCCCUCCCCUCCCGGCCGCCUCCACGCAGGACCGAGCCACAGUCCGGGCCUGGGCAGCUGGGUGGUAGGACGCGUCUCCGGUCCUGCGACCGGGAGCUGCCUGGGAAGCUCUCGCUGGAGGAGAAAACCAAAGAGCCACCCAUGAUCAGUGGGUGAGAGAGGUCUCUUGGAGUCAGUAGCAUUCGGGUCAUCUCCAUAUUCCAGAGGCAAACAAGGUGUCCAGCAGAACAGUCUUCCAAGUUACUGUGAUAUCCCCAAAGUUGGAUAUAUCUGUUGCUUGGGGCAGGCCAUCCUUUUCAGCCCUUCUUCCCUGCAAGAGGGCUGAAUUUGGAAUGCAACUGACAAGAUAUGAAAUAUCUUACGAUGCCUAAAAGGAAAAAAGGGAAUUUGAAAAGCAUUAGACUGAGGAAUCAUUGAUAUUUCAGGAGGAUCCUGCUUGAGGCAGAGGAAUGUGCUUUGAGGAAGUCUGUGGUCAUGUCAGAUGCAUCUGGUAGUCUGGACUGCUUCACGACAGGGCUCCACACAGAAGAGCUAAAAUUCAAUGGCAGACUCAAGUGGUUGUUCCAAUUCUUGACAUACAUUUGUCUGGGCAUCAUGGAUUUGCUCAAAUUUACUCUGCAAACUGUUCUUAAAAAAUAGUAUUUGCCUCCCAAGCUUUGAUUAUACCCACUGGUUGCAAUAAUGGCCAGCAAAAGGAAAUCCACAACACCUUGCAUGAUACCGGCAAAAAUGUUGGCACCACAGAAAUCAGUAUCAGCUUCUGUCGGAGUAAAUCAUGAAGAAGCUCAUAAAGGAGUUGUUCCCGUCACUCUGCCUAAUUGUGAUACCACUAUUAAUAAUCACAGUAGUGAGACCUUGUCCAAUGGACAUAAUGGAAUUCUAGAUAGCACUUCUUAUAGAUGUACAUGUUGCGAUUUCACCACUCAAGAAGUUAAUCAGUUCCUUAGUCACCUUGAUUCUGAGCACACAGAUUUUAGUAAAGACCCCUCCUUUUUGUGUGUGAAAUGCAGUUUCUUGGUAAAGAACCACAAUGAUCUUUCUCGUCACAAUGCGGAGCACCAUGCUGGAGAAACGAACUUAAGCUGGAAUGUUGUGAAACAAGCUGAUCACAUGAUUGUGGAGCAGACUACUGGAAACACCAGCAGUGGUAGUCAGGACCACUUGGGGGAUACCCCUGAGGAAGGUCAGGAUAGUCAAGCUGAAAUUAUUAUUACUAAAAUGCCCAUUAUGAAGAUAAUGAGAACAAAACCAGAAGUUAAAAAAAUCCACACACUAAAAGAAAAUGUAUCUAGUAAAUCAGUCAAGGAUGUAGAGACAAAAGGUGAACUGUCAUUCACCAAUGGAGCAGUGCCAGUUAGCCAAUCUGUCAAAUUAACCCCUGUUAUCAAUGGUUCAGUAGUUGGAAAUGUACCUGUUCUGCAAGCAGGCAUAACCCAACUUGUGCAACUGCAACAGCAAGCACAAGUUCACCAGCACCUACCAACAUCAAAAUCCCUUCCUAAGGUAAUGAUUCCCUUGAGUAGUAUUCCAACUUACAAUGCAGCAAUGGAUUCUAACAGUUUUCUUAAAAACUCUUUUCAUAAGUUUCCCUACCCUACCAAAGCUGAACUUUGCUAUUUGACUGUUGUGACCAAGUAUCCAGAAGAGCAGCUGAAAAUCUGGUUUACAGCCCAGAGGUUGAAACAGGGUAUCAGCUGGUCACCUGAGGAGAUAGAAGAUGCACGGAAGAAAAUGUUUAACACUGUGAUUCAGUCUGUUCCCCAAUCCACUAUUACGGUGUUGAAUACACCCUUAGUUGCAAGCCCUAGUAGUGUUCAGCAUCUCAUUCAGGCCAGUUUGCCUGGCCAUUCAGUUGGGAAACCUGAAGGAGCAAGUGGUAUGCUGGUCACCCAACCAAUAAUAACAAAUGGACUUCAGGGAACAACCUCAUCUCAUGCAAUAGCUGUAACAUCCAUUCCAAAGACCCAGAUAGCUAAACCACCAACCACUGUGUCAGUUUCCAGUAUUGCACCGACUGUGAAUGUAGUUAGUGCUGCUCAGUCACAACUUUCUGCUUGCCCAAACAUCUCUUCACAAGCAUUCUUAGAUCCUAACUUAUUCAAAAAUAAGAAGUCUUAUGAACAGUUGUCUGCACUUAAAGAUAGUUUCUGUAGGAAUCAGUUCCCUGGCCAAACUGAAGUUGAGCGUCUGACAAAAAUCACAGGACUUAGCACCAGGGAUGUUCGAAAGUGGUUUAGUGAUAGGAGAUAUCACUGUAGAAAUGUAAGAGGCAGCAAACCUGUGCUUGGUGGGGAUAGUACAAUAAUAAUAGAUUCUGUUCCUGAAAUCACCUUUACCACUUCACCAAAAACAACCAUGGAGUUAACUUCCACAUCAGCAGCAACACCUGUUCACACACCAGCACGUCGGCAAUCCUGGCAUCAGGCCCCUGAUUUCUCCACUGCAAAAUAUAAAGAGAGGGCCCCGGAACAACUCAGAGCUUUGGAAAGCAGCUUUGCACAAAACCCCUUCCCUUUAGAGGAGGAAGUAGACCGUCUGAGAAGUGAAACUAAAAUGACAAGGAGAGAGAUUGACAGCUGGUUCUCAGAGCAAAGGAAAAGACAAGUGAUCAAAGAAACAAAACAACCAGCAGAUGAGGAUGCUGAAGAUGAGUCUAUAGAAGAGGAAGAUGAUUUGGAUGAUUUGAGAGUGUCAGGUGAAAAUGGUUCCUUGGAUGCAGCUGGGAGCUCUCAAAUUCCAGGUGAACGUAAAGUGACCCCAAUAAAAAUCAACCUUAGAAACUUUAAGGUGACAGAAUCAAAUGGGAAAAGUGAGUUGGCAGCUUUGGGUGCCCAUGCAAUAAGAGAGAAUUCUCCUAGCAGGGCACAGAAACCCAGGCUAAGCUUUAAAAAGACUGCUCAGCAGAGGCAUUUGCUUAAACAGCUCUUUAUAAAGACGCAACGUCCUACCAAUGAACAGUAUGACCAAAUAUGUUGUCAGACUGGACUUCCCAGGGUUGAAGUAAUUCGCUGGUUUGGAGAUAGCCGCUAUGGCUUAAAAAAUGGAAAUCUGAGGUGGUAUGAAAACUACAAGAAAGGUAUUUUUCCUAAAGGCCUCUCGAUUUCCAGUGAGGUCAGCCAGGAAAUCCUCCAAGACUAUUUUCAAAAGAACAAAGUUCUGUAUGAAGAUGAUCUCCUGGAUCUCUGUGAAAGAACUCAGAUGACCACCUCGCAGGUUAGAUUGUGGUUUGCUGAAAGGCUAGGGGAAGAAAGCAAGGCAGUAUCGGAUGCAGGUAGCGAUGGUCAGUCCUCAAGUGUUGGUGACCCAGCCAACAGUCAGAAAGGAACUUUUGAUACUUUUUCUGAAAUUUCUGAGAACAGUGAAUCUUGGGAACCUGGAGGUCAAGAUGGAAGCUCAGAAUUUGGAGAUGCAGAUAGUCAUCUGCCUGCAAUACAUUCUGAAAUGGAUUGAACCACCACUGCCUGCGCUUGAACAGUCGGCUAACUUUGUAAGAACCUAGCAGCUGUGGGUCGGUCUGAAUCUUUGUUGAAGAUUGUGAGGCAACACUUGUCGUAAUGCCAAGAUCUUCUUUUCGUGAAGCACAAUUUGAAUUUGGGGGUUGCAGGGAAGACAUCAGUGAAUAAAACCUUAAGGUUCAGGUUGGGAGAGGUCUAGUAUUCUUUUUUAUGAUUUAGCACAGUGUUGGCCAGAUAUCCUCCUUCAGGCUCCAGCGUAUCGGACACUGUCUUUCGAACUUCAUAUCCAUAUGGAACCAGCUUGUUAAUACCAGCAACCAGCCUCUCUCUGCAUUGGAUCAUGAAUCUGAGGCAUCGUAUUAACAUUCUUUUUUUUUUUUUUUCCAUAGAAAUGAGCUAUCAUUUGUACAAUAUAUUUUAAACAUUUUCAGUGUUUGUUUUCUGACGCUCCAUCUUUGCAUAUACUGUAUCCUCUUUACAUUUUAAUCUCUAGAUUUUCCACAUUUUGAAAGUACAGUAAAACCUUGAUUUAAUAGACCAUUUGAGGGGAAGCAGUGGCUGUUGAUACCUGAACUGGUGUCAUCUGCAUCAGUUUAGGUAAUUUGCAGAGUAUUAGAGUUGAUGUGAGUGUAAUCAUUUGCAGCAAAGCCACCAUUUUGAAGGAAGGAAACCAUUUUCCAUUGUAUCUAAAGCCUAUUAAACUGAGAGCCAUUGAACU